AUGAGACAGCUAGCGUGUAUCCUGGUCACAUUGGCGAUUGUAGGUGUUUAUGGAGAUGAACCAGACAAAUUAGUAAAUGGAAUACCCACCACUAUAGAGGAAAAUCCUUAUUGUGUUUCCCUAAGAAUUAACAAUAGUCACUUUUGCGGCGGUAGCAUAAUCGAUUCACAAUAUAUCCUAACUGCCGGGCAUUGUGUAGCCCCUCUACUUUCUAACGACUCUCUCAGGAAAUCUGUGAUCGUUGUUACUGGCACGACCUAUCUCGAUAAAGGUGGACAGACUCAUAAAGUGGAAAAAUUGUGGUACCACGAUAAUUAUAAUCCUCGUAUAUUGGGUAGAAGUCCUCACGACAUCGGUUUGAUAAAGCUGAUGUCUCCGAUUGAGUUUGGCCCAACACAAAAAUCAGUUAAACUCCCAACAAAAAAUGUAGCAAAGAGUGAUAGCGUUACGAUUGCUGCUUGGGGUUCUACGGGUUCCAAUAAAUCUGUACAUAACAAUUUGCAAAAAUUGAAAGCGAAUGUAAUGCUACCAAAUACAUGCCAAAUUUAUCAUAGUUUCAUUAUGAAAAUUUAUAAGAAUGAGUUCUGUACUUUUAUCACGAAGGGAAUUGGACUGUGCAAGGGUGACAGCGGUAGCGGAUUGAUUCAAGACAGCGACGAAACAAUUAUUGGUUUGGUAUCUGGUGGAAAACCGUGCGCCAAGGGUUAUCCAGACGUAUAUACCAACAUUUAUCCGUACCUUUCUUGGAUCCAAGGAAAAAUAACCUUGGAGGCUCUAAGUUGCUUUUAUUGUCUCAUAAAACAGCUGCUAAUUGUCCCACCGCCACGUUCCCCCUUAUCGAUGCUCUACCCGUCUAUCGCGACGGCUGAAGCCAUGACAGGCAUGACAAAUGAUAAUGGGAAGCAACGCAGUUAUGGCGAUGAAAUGGCUAGAUUAGUAAAUGGAAAAUCUACCACCAUACAGGAAAAUCCGCAUUGUGCCUUCAUAAAAAUGUUUGGAGAAUACAUGUGCGGAGGAAACAUAAUUAGUAAACAACAUAUUCUAACUGCCGCGCAUUGCGUGUAUGAUUUAUACCAUAACUAUGAAACUCUAUUGAAAUCUACAACUAUUGUUACUGGCACGACCUACAUUAAUAAAGGUGGAGUGGUUCAUAAAGUAAAAAAAGUAUAUUACCACGAACGUUAUAAUCCUUCCGUUUUGGGUGUAAAUGACAUCGGUGUAAUAAAGCUGCUAAAGACCAUUCAAUUUGGCCCAACACAACAGCAAAUUAUGCUCCCAACAAGCAAUAUCGCAAUGAAUGAGGAUGUUAUGAUCGUUGCUUGGGGUCGACAGGGCUUCCAAAAACCCGUACAUAACAAUUUGCAAAAAUUGAACAUGAAAAUCAUACUUCCGACUACAUGUCAGGCUCGUUAUGACAAAUCCAGUCUUAUUAUACACAUUGACAAGAAUACUUUUUGUACCUACAUUAAGAAUGGAAUUGGAACGUGCAAUGGUGACAGUGGUAGUGGAGUAAUCAGAACGCAUGACAAAAAAAUUAUUGGUUUGGUAUCUGGUGGAAUACCAUGCGCCAAAGGUUAUCCUGAUAUACAGUCCAAUGUUUAUAGCUACAAGAAAUGGAUCGAACAAAAAAUGUUGCUAUAA